CGCAUUUAUAGCUCCGCACUUGAUCCUAUCAGAAGGAUCGAACACGCCCGCAAUUUUACCGUAGCAGAAUCCCAUCACAGCCUGCUUUCCAAAUGGCCGCCAUGCCCACUUAGCAGAGCCUUCCCUCUUCCAUCCUCCUCCCUCUCUCUCUCACCGCCGAAAGGUGUAAACUUUCAUCUCUCUUUCUCCUCCCCUCAAAGAAAACCCUAACAAUUAGUCAACUUUCAUCCUUCCCCGCUUCUUAAUCCCACAAUGAACUCAGAUCAAAUCAACAUUCUUUUUCUUCCUUCCUUCUUCAAACCAGAUUUUACCAAAUCCCUAAAACUUCCAUCAAAACCAGCUCUCCUGAGCUCCCCCAACUCAGACUAACAACCCCGUCGACUGAAAAUGAAAUGGACUCGUUCUGUACGAAUCAUUAUAGCCGUAAUCCCUCCCUUUCUUUUUCUCCUCCUCAUUGCCUGUAUCUGCUACUGUUAUAUUCGCACGAGAAGGGUUCUAAUCAGACAAACGGGCCACGAAGAGUCGCCAGAAAGAGGGGAUUUUGAGUGCGCGGAAGUUGAAGAAGAAGAAGAAGAGCUGGUGGUGUUCGCUGGCGGGGAGCAUUUGAAGAUACAGGACAUUCUUAACGCGCCGGGUCAGGUGGUUGCGAAGUCGAGUUAUGGGACUGUUUACAGAGCCAGCAUUAAAAGAAGCUCUGAGGGAGAUGGAAAUGCGGUUAUGUUGCUCCGGUUCCUUCGACCGGUCUCCAUUGGCCGGAGUGAGGAGAUUCGGCCGGCGAUCCGGGCUAUUGGGCUCAUCCGGCACCCUAAUCUGGUUCCUCUGAGGUCAUUAUACGUUGGACCUAGAGGAGAGAAGCUCUUCGUUUAUCCCUUCUACGCAGCCGGGAAUUUGGCACAGUUUCUAAAAGGCGAAAGUCCUCAGUCUAAUUUAUCUAACAGAUGGGAAAUCAUACACAGCAUUUCACUGGGAAUUGCCACAGGACUGGAUCACCUCCACAACGGAUCACAGAAACCUCUCAUCCAUGGCAACCUCAAGUCCAACAACAUUAUGCUCGAUCGCGAUCUCCAGCCCCGCCUCUCAGACUUCGGCCUUCAUCUCCUUCUCCGACCAGUUGCAGCGCAGGGAAUGUUUGACGCUCUCACUGUUGAGGGAUACAAAGCUCCUGAGCUGAUGAAGAUAAAGGAGGCGAGUGUAGAGACAGAUAUCUACAGCUUAGGGAUCAUCUUGCUCGAGAUGCUGACUCGCAAGGAUCCGACGAGUUGCAGACUGUUGGUGCUCAAUCAGAAGAUGUCUGAUGUGUUCAGCAGUGACAUUAUCAGUGAGAGGAAAGAACAGAGCUUUAACAUUGAAGCUCUUCUGAGAAGCUUUUAUCAGCUGGCAAUGGCUUGCUGCUCCCCUUCACCGGCGCUUAGACCGGAUGUAAGACAGAUUCUGAGGAAGCUGGAAGAGAUUGGCCAAUGAGAUUUAUUAGUGAUUGUUUGUUUUUAUAGCAUUUGGGGGUUGAAUUCUGACACUGCAUAAUGAGGGGGAUGGGAAGCUAACAUUUUAGAAUUGAAGGGGGUUAGUUCAAAUUUCUUC